UCCGCCUUGAGCCUGCGGAAACGAGCUAGAAAGAAAGAGCGAGCGAGCGAAGGGGCUGAUCGAACUGAUGAGAGUGCGAGGGGGGUAGAACGAGUUAUUAAAUAUAAUAUAGCUAGCCACAUAGUACGUAGCUACAUUUUAAAACAAGAGGCCUGCGGAGAUGGGCGACAAGGCGGGCACAAGAGUCUUUAAGAAGUCCAGCCCCAACUGCAAGCUCACAGUAUACCUGGGGAAGAGAGACUUUGUGGAUCAUCUAGACCAUGUGGACCCAGUCGAUGGAGUUCUGUUGAUUGAUCCCGAAUAUCUUAAAGACAGAAAAGUGUUCGUGACCCUGACAUGUGCAUUCCGAUAUGGGCGGGAGGACCUGGACGUGUUGGGCCUGUCUUUUCGGAAGGACCUCUACAUUUCCACCUUCCAGGCCUUCCCCCCCCUCCCGGAGGAACAGAAACCUCUCAGCCGGCUGCAGGAGAGGCUGCUGAAGAAGUUGGGCCAACAAGCACACCCCUUCAACUUUACUGUUCCUCAGAACCUGCCUUGUUCAGUCACCCUGCAACCUGGACCAGAGGACACAGGCAAGGCAUGUGGGGUAGACUUUGAGAUCAGAGCGUUCUGUGCCAAAUCUGUGGAAGAGAAGAUUCACAAAAGGAACUCUGUGCGGCUGGUGAUCAGGAAGGUGCAGUACGCCCCAGAGAAGCCCGGCCCACAGCCCAUGGUGGAGACUACCCGCAGCUUCCUCAUGUCCGACCGGUCCCUGCACCUGGAGGCCUCCCUGGACAAGGAGCUGUAUUACCAUGGGGAGCCCAUCAGUGUCAACGUUCACGUGACCAACAACUCCACCAAAACCGUCAAGCGCGCCAAAAUCUCUGUGCGGCAGUACGCUGAUAUCUGCCUGUUCAGCACUGCGCAGUACAAAUGUCCUGUGGCACAGGUGGAGGCAGAUGACCAGGUGUCCCCCAGCUCCACGUUCUGUAAGGUGUACACUCUCACCCCCAUGCUGAGCAACAACCGGGAGAAGAGGGGCCUGGCGCUGGAUGGUAAACUCAAACACGAAGACACCAACCUGGCCUCCAGCACCAUAGUGAAGGACGUGUGCAAUAAGGAGGUCCUGGGCAUUCUGGUUUCUUACAGAGUCAAAGUCAAACUGGUUGUGUCACGUGGAGGGGAUGUGUCAGUGGAGCUGCCCUUUGUCUUAAUGCACCCCAAACCCUCGGACCUGCCUAGCUCCAGGCCACAGUCAGUUGUCCCUGAGACAGACACCCCUGUGGACACCAACCUGAUAGAGUUUGAGACAAAUAACUUCUCUCAGGAUGACGACUUUGUUUUUGAGGACUUCGCCCGUCUGCGGCUGAAAGGAAUGAAGGACGACAAGGAUGAGGAUGACCACUUCUGCUAAGUCCCUCCCCAAACAGGCAGCGGGCCAACUGGGGUGAGGGGUGUGCAGGUGUGGUCAAUAGCCAGUGGGCCAAUGUAGUUAAGUGGGUGUGGUCACUUUUUUUUUUUUUGAGCGAAGAUAUUCUUCUGUCCCUUCCUAUUUUUGCAUACACGGUCGCAUUGUGGAUUUGUCUCUGGUGUGCAGCCCUUGUGCCAGUGCUCAUGAGAAAUGGAGAGAAAUGGGGAUAUUUUGGGAGGUUUAUGACCAUUACUGUCAAUUGAGAACAUUUUCAGAUGGGGGAGGGGCGAUUUGUUUAAGGGGAAAUAUUUUAGUUUGAUCCCACUUUAUAUUAAGUGGGCAAUAUACCUAUGUAAUUGCAUAAGUACCAUGUAAAUUCAAUGUAAGAAUGCAUUGUUGCACAGUAACUAAUGUGGAACACGAGUUUGCAGUUUGUUUAAUUACACCUUAUUUUAUUAACCACGCCCCUUUCCCAAACCCUACCUCCAACCUUAACCUCAAUGCAUAACCGAACCUCAAACCCUCAAGUCUUAUGUAAUUACAUACUUGCAUAGCAGUUACGCAGUACUUACGUGCACAUGCAUAUGUUACUUAGAUGUAUAUGACUUGUACAUGUGUAAUUACUGUGCAUUUACUAUGUACUCAUUGCCCACUUAAUUGAAAGUGUGGCCUUUUUAAAUCAGAGAAGAUAAACCAAGCAUCAGCAAUACAAAGAAGACCACAGAGGAAGAGGAAAUACUUUUGUCUUUUUAUACCAUCCGUUUGUGACUUUUUAGAAUGCCUAUAGAGACUUAGACUCAUCUACGGUGGCCCACAGAGAGGAAGAGGAAGGAUGCUGAAAAUUAGAGGCAGAUGCCGAGACACAGACAGGGCAUGAAUGUGCAGACUGAUCUGUGCCACACACAUUCUCAAACAGGGAUAAAUUCAGAGAGCGCCUCCGUGUGCGCAGACACGAAAACGCAGGUUUAACGCUGCUGUGCUUUGCUGAGUAACACAGGUUGCCAUGACAGUCUGUGUGAAUGUUCUAGAUUUUAAUAUUUUUUUACAUUUUUAAUUAAUUUGUGAUUUGCCAAAAGGUGCUUCAGGGCGAAGAGGAGGAUUGAAACAAAUUGCUAAUGUAUGAUUGACCUCAUCCUCAACAAGAUACCUGUAGCACAUACACAUGUACACACAUACGCACAAGCACACACUCAAGCUACUGCGGCCCGUCCGUUAUCUCCCAAAAAACACUUCAAGUAAAGUUUCAAAUCAAGCUUGAUGAUAGAUAUAAUGAUAUAAUGGUAAGGUCUUUUAUUUAAACCCACACAAAAUCACAUUAGAUCUGUCCGAUCGGUUUCAUUCCACUAAGUUUAGAAAUGGACGGCUAAAAGGGUUGUGCUUUGUGCUGGAGCGUUGAUUUGUGACCCGUGGCUCUGAAUGUGUAUAUGAUUAUGUAUAUAUCGGUGCGUUAGAAAGGCUCCUGGGCUCUGUGCCCCUCUCCCCCCGCUGUGUUUGGAAGUGUGAGCGCUGCCUCUGUGGCUCAGUUCAGAGUUUCCUUUGCGCUUCUGAUCCAUUUUGAUCGUACGCAUCUCGCUGUGACCAUCUCAGAAAGCCAGCAACCUACACUUCUUCUACACCAUGGAAAAGAGUGGGUUGGAAAGGGUGGGGGGAUGUGAAGGGAAAACAAAAAAUUCUAUAUAGCUACUAUUAUUGUUAUGUAACUAUUAUUAUUGUUGUUGUUAUAAUCACCAGAGAUAUACAAAAAAAGUUGACAUUUUAUUUUUUGAUUUUUAAAGUUUCAUUUUAUUUUUUAUUAAAGGCAAACAUGGACUAACCUGAA